UGAGACCUCCCUCCUCCCGGCGUGUGCGGCAGGCGCACCGCGGUGUGCGCGGCGCUCCGGGCUCGGUGCUUGUGUUUGUGUCGUGCGUCUGCGCCCGUGCGAGCGCGAGCGCGUGCGUGUGUGCGUGCGUGCGUGUGCGUCGCGAGUGCUUCAGUGUGUGUGUGUGUGUGUGGUGCAGUGAUAUGGUGCAGUGGUGAAAUGGUGCGGUGACGAUGCCGGCCAGCGUGCUGACGGACAUGCGCGGGAAACGCGACCGGGAGGCCCCCGCGCCCCACCACCUGGGCCCCCUCGGGGGCCUGGGUCCCGCGCUGGGGCCGGGAAACGUGGGCUGCGUCCUGGAGGACGACCUGGACGACGAGGACGAGGACUUCGACGAGCUGAAGGGGGCUUCGCCAGCCCUGGACGCCGUCAACAACGGCGGGCCCGCGGUGCCGACGUCGCAGGCGGCGCCGCCACCGGGUGGGCCCGUCGGGCCGGGCGGCCCAGGCGGACCCGGGGCGGGAUUCUGGCUCGCGGCCGUCACGGCGGCCACCCUGGGGCCUGCGCACGGCCAGCACCCCAUGGAGCACGCAAUGGCACCCAUGAACACGGAGACGGGCUUCAUCAACAGCCAGCCGUCCAUGGCCGAGUUCAUGACGGCCUUGCCGCACCCCCACAUGGACAUGCAGGGCCCCGGCUCGCUCAGCCCGCAGCCAACCGGGCCGGGUGGUUACCCGCCCAUGGGCGAGGGACACCCGGGCGUCAACGUUCCCGAGUACCCCUGGAUGAAGGAGAAGAAGACGACUAGAAAGAGCAGUCAACAAGAAAAUGGCCUUCCGAGGAGACUACGGACGGCGUACACCAACACGCAGCUCCUGGAGCUGGAGAAGGAGUUCCACUUUAACAAGUACCUGUGCCGACCGAGGCGGAUAGAGAUCGCUGCCUCGCUGGACCUCACCGAGAGACAGGUGAAGGUCUGGUUCCAGAAUCGCCGCAUGAAGCACAAGCGGCAGACGCUGAGCAAGAGCGGUGACGACGAGGACUCGAAGGACGCGCCGGGCCGGUCCAAGGCGGACGAGAAGAAGAGCUGCCAGGGCUGCGACCUGCCGUCGGACCUGCCGGGCCUGGCCGGCCUCAACAACAACAACUCUAGCUUCAACAACAACAGCAGCAGCGGCGCCAGCUCGGUGGCCAGCAGCCUCUCGCAGGCGCAGGAGGAGGACUCGCGCUCGCAUGACGGCAGCGCCACCCCGCUGGGGCUGGGGGCCCCCCUGGCCACGGCGCGCACCAAGCCCCCGGCCGGCACCUCGGCGUCGGACGUCAACGUUAAGGUGGAGGCCGGCAUCCAGAGCCCGCCCUGCCUCACCGCACGGACGCCGGGCCUCGGCCCCGGCGGCCUCGGCCCCGGUCCAGGCCCCGGUCCCGGCCCGGGCGUCGUCCCCGGCGGCGUCAAGGAGUCCCCCGAGGUCGUGAAGCCGCCGCGGGGGUCGGGCGGCAGCCUCACGCCAUCGCUGCCCGGCACGCCCCACGCCACGCCGCAGCAGGCCAGCCCGCAGGGCGCCGCCCAGGGCCCCGCGGGGGCGCCGGCCCCCCAGGGCGCCAGCGGCUACCACCAGCCGCGGCCGCGCUCCUCUCCGGCCGGCCCCCAGGCCCCGGCCCCCAGCGGCGGCCCCGGCGCCCAGGCCGGCGCGCGCUUCCCAGGACCCAACGCCAUGUUCCCGGCCUCCGGCAUGGCCCACCAGGCCGCGGUGCGGCCGCAGCCACACCAGGACUUCCGGGUGGCGGCGGGCGGCGGGGCGGUGGCGGCGCAGUUCCGGGCCGGCAAGCAGCAGGCGCAGCAGGUCCUGGCGGGCAGCCCGGACCCCGCGGCUUGCUACAGCCCCGCCGGCCAGGCGCCGUACCCCCAGCAGCAGCAGCGGUUCGGGUACCCGGCCGACUCGCCGUACAGCCGCCAACAGCAGCAGCAGCAGCCGCAGCCGCAGCCGCAGCAGCUGCACCACCGGCUCAACGGCGCGCCGGGCCGCCCGCAGCACAAGGCGGCCUACCAGCAGGCCAGCAACUACCACGCCGGCUACGCGUCGUACAACGGCGGCGGCCUGGCCGGCGGCCUCGGGGCGUACGACCAGUACCACGCCAACCCUUUCACUCGGGGCGGGGCCGCGGCGGGGGGCGUGGCGGGGGGAGUGGCCGGGGGCGUGGCCGUGGGCGGCCCGGCCGCCGCCACCGCCGCCCACAACGGCCACCACAACUACCAGCCGCAGCAGCAGCAGGCGGCCUGCUUCCCCGAGCAGGAUGCCGCCGCCGCCGCCGGGUACUACCCGGGCUACCAGUACGGCGAGCAGCAGAUGCAGCAGCAGCCGCAGCAGCACGACCAAGUUGGGUAUUACCCGACCGAGGGCGGCAUGCAGGCGGCGCAGCAGUGCGGGUACGAGUACUCCAAGCAGGGGUACUACGAGUACCCGGCCGAGCAGUUCCCGGGCGUGGCCGCGGCCUGCGUGCUCACGCCGCCGUCCAGCUCGGGCGACAUCUGCUCGCCGUACCAGUUCUUCGAGCACCAGGGUCAGCCGACGACGACGGCCACAACGACGCACCAGGACCUGCACGACAACAGCAACAGCUCGUCCGACUUCAACUUCCUCUCCAACCUGGCCAACGACUUUGCGCCCGAGUACUACCAGUUGGGCUGAGCCGGAGUGAGGGGGCCACUCGUCCCCGACGCAGUUGGAAAACUUGGUUAAUAAACUAGCAUUAAAAGAGCUCUUCCCAAGCGUGGACAUUGUGCAAUGUUAUAAAAUAACUUUUGAAAAAGGAAAAAUUCACUUUCUUUUUUGCUUUGUUUUGUGAUAUGAUGUUGAGCGGGAGAUAAUGUACUAUUUCGGUCGCCCACUGAUGUCUCCCAGUUCCAUUCCGUCCGCUCAGUUGGCGAGACCAGACCGCGCAUAUCGAGUCAAUUACCUGACGAGUCAAUUGACGGCCCGCUCACCCACGCGCACGCGCACCCGAGUACCAAACAUCUCACGUUCAAACUACGUGACACAUUUUUUGAACAAAUUGUGUCCCCUGGACGUCAGAUUGAUGCCUCAUGACCGAUAUAUUUUGUGGUACUCGAGCGUGGUGGAUUGCACAGUGAGCCGCUAUGUGCCUCUCCGGCUGAACACACUCUUGUUUGUUUGAUUCAAUUUUGUUUCUUUUUAAAACCUGUGUUUUUUUUUACUUUGUGACCCAAACCCUUGCUACGACCCCGCCACAGCUGAUCCGCAUCGCAGACGCCGAGGGAGGGCUUCAUAGAAGCGCCCUCGGCGCCAUUUCCAUUCUAUAAAUUAAUUUCAAGUCGCGGAGUGCGUUUUCACAUCAAGCCUCCUGGAUGAGGUUUCAAGCAACACGAAAAGGUCACGAUCAGGUCAUGUUCAUAAUUUAUAUGGCUAACGCAUGUAUUUAUCUAUCUGGAUAGUAAAACUUUUGCUUUAAAAGUUGUGACUUUUAAGUAUCUCGAUCGUAGACGCUCAUAUGAGUCGCCUCGAUCCUUUCGUGUUACUUGGUAUGUGGGAACCCCGAGGGCCGAAGCGUGGCGGAGCGUGGCGGGGAGCGGCCCGACCGAAACACGGCGAUGAGGUGGUUUCAAGAAGUGCAGCCAAGCUGGAUUGUUAAUAUUCUGUGAUUAAUGAUUGAGUCGGAAGAGUUGGGGCCCGCCCCCGCGGCCCCUGCGGC